UUACAAAACGACAGUGAAGGCAGCAUUGCCGUCACUCUUCCGCAUGUCGGACAGAUACACACACGCAGCUUCAAGACAUGACCGCUUCUGUUAUUGUCCGAAGGUUAGCAGCUCUGUCGGGGGCUUCGGCCGUGGCAGCGGGGGCAUACGGGGCUCACGGUUUCAAAAACAAAGACCCGGAUGACUACCAGAGAGUGCUUUUCGAAACUGCCAACAAGUACCAUUUCUACCACAGCCUGGCCCUGCUGGGUGCUGCCCACUCUGGCAAACCUGCUGUGGCUGGUACCCUCCUGAUAGCGGGCAUGGGGAUGUUCUGUGGCUCUCUGUACCACCAGGCCGUGACCGGGGACCCUGGGCUACGCAAGGUGGCUCCCAUGGGGGGUGUAGCUAUGAUCGUAGGCUGGCUGGCCAUGAUUCUCUGAACUCUCAACAGUUCUCAUCCCCUCCACAGGGGCCACUAUGUGACACUAAACUGUCAAGAGUGGUAAUGGGUGAACUGGAGCGCUGAGUUGUGUGAGAUGUCACCCAUCUAAACCGCACCCUAUCCUUGGUGGUGGGUGUCAGCACGAGAUAAGGUCACAAGAGGAUUAUCACUUUUCUGCCAUUGCUGUCUGUUUUCUAAAUGGUGCCCUUGAGUUUAAAGUGAAUACAGCGUGUAGCAUUUUGUCACCUCAACAAUUUGUUGACCUAACAUUUUCAAUGGCAUGUCAAUCUUGUACUAGGAAUCACUAAUGUGCUAAUGUAUGUAAAAUCCCAAUGCUAUAUGUAGGUGUGUGACUGAAUAUUACAGUAGUAUAUCUUUGUUUUUACUAUAUUUCCCCUGCGGCAGUGAAUACAGUUUCUAUAUUUCUGUACGUAUAUACAGCAUGGGUAUUGCAAAUAGAGUAAAAAUGAAGAAAGAAAUAUGAAGGAUUUAAAAAUGAAAUAAAUACUUUUUGUUACACA